AUGGCCGAGACGCUGAUGAACUACAUAGCCUCCCAAGCUGCCCUCGUUCAAGAGGCCGCUGAAGCUCUCCCUCAUCAGUUUACGCACUGCACCUACUCCCUCGGACACAUUCGGCAGGCCGUGUAUCUCUGCCAAACGUGCGCCGCUCCCAGAGGGAUUUGCUCAGCAUGCUCUAUUGCCUGCCACACAGACCACGAGCAGCUCGAGCUGUUCCCGAAGCGUCACUUUCGGUGCGACUGCCCUACCGUGUCCCUCUCGCACGCAUGUACGCUUCAUAGAACUCCGGAGGAGGAGAACGCGUCAAACCCGUACGGAAAGAAUUUUCAGGGUGUUUUUUGUAGGUGCGGGAGACACUAUGACGCGUCCCUAGAGAGAGAAACGAUGAUCCAAUGUCUGGUAUGUGAGGACUGGCUUCACGAAUCCUGCCUCAACCUCCGCGACAAGCCGUCCUCGCGCGAAUCUACGCCCGCACGUGAGGACCCCGCGCCCACAGAAUCCCACGAACAUAGCGCUGCGACGAGCGAUGGCGACGAUGACACCCAUUCUGAAGCCUCCUCCUCAGGGCUCCCACCCCCGCUGAUCACAGGCACCGACUACGAUGCGCUGGUCUGCGGCCCCUGCGUCGCGCGCAUCCCCAUCCUCCGACGAUGGGCGGGCACAGAGGGCGUUAUGAUGGUCUCCCGCGACGACUCCGGUGCGGCGUGGCACAUCGUCGAAGGCAGCGCUCCGAGCGCGAACGUGAACGAAACUGUAAACGUCGACGUUACUGAUGACGGCCCAGUCGAGGUCGGCACAAAGCGCCCCCUCUUGCCUCUGGAUCCGAGCGCGCAACCGGACGCCAAGAAAGCGAGGUUGGUGCUUUCGGAGCCAUUCUCGUCUGGGGAAUUGUCUUCUACACGGACGAACGCGUGUUUGGCGCCAGUUGCCAAUCCUGCUGCAGAGCACAUUUUCGCCGCGCUCGACGUGAAAGAGCAGGACCCAUCACAAUUGCUAGGGAACGGUGAUAUUUUCUUGACCGGCGACUGGCGAACGCGAUGGUGCCGUUGCGACUCGUGCCUCCCACAGCUACAGGAACAUCCGUAUCUGCUUGAUGAAGAGGAAACAUACGAGCCACCCGAGGACCCUGACUCCCAACUUUCCCUCGAAGAACUGGGCGCGCGGGCGCUAGAUAACAUCCCGCGCGAGCGAGCGCUCGAUGGUAUUCGUGCAUUCAAUGAUAUGAGGAACGACCUCGUCAAAUUCCUGCGCCCGUUCGCACAGGAGGGCAAGGUCGUCGCAGAAGCUGAUAUCAGAGAGUUCUUUGAGGCUAAAAUCGAGACUACGAAGCAAGGCCAGGGGUACGCGGCCUGA